AUGCAUGAUCGCGGCUUUUCUGUGAGCCACGUCUUUCUCGCGGCUUUUCUCAGUGUAUUUCUGGUAAUCAGGAACGUUCAUGCGAACACAAACACGAACGUAGUCGCUUCACGUCAAAGCAUUGCACCCAUCCUCUCUGGCAGUGUUGACCCUGCAAGCUUUGUAAACCUCUUCAUCGGCACUGUCAAUGGAGGCCAUGUCUUUCCCGGCGCAACGCUGCCGCAUGGUAUGGUGAAAGUUGGGAUGGAUACAGACUCUCCGGGAAACCACGCAGGAUACGAUGGAAAUGCAUCAUUCCAUGUGACUGGUUUUUCUCAGCUCCAUGACAGUGGGACUGGCGGUUCGAACGGUGUCCGUGUCGAACUGAGCUCCACUCGCCGAGCCUCAAUUCAGCGAUAUACAUACCCCUCCAAAUCGCUCGACCUACCGCGCAUAGCAGUAGACCUGACGAACGAUGGUCAACAGAGCUCGACCGACCCUGUCAUGUUGAUCGACCCGGAGUCAGGACGUGUUACUGGAGGCGCAUCUUUCGCAGCAUCAUUUGGCCCUGGUCGCUAUCGUGCCUAUACUUGUGUUGAUUUCCGCAUCUCUAGCCCAACUUCGUCUCCCCAGCAAGUUGCGCCAGAGGAAUAUGGCGUGUGGCUCGCGAAUUUUCCGAUCCGGAACUCCGUGUCGCCGGAACAAGUGUACUACGGGAAUUACAUCCGAGCAGGCUUUGUGUCUGAGAUUGGCGCUCUGGUUGCUUUUCCCCACGGCACGACAACCAUUCUUGUUCGCACUGGCGUGUCUUUCAUCUCGUCUAAUCAGGCUUGUGCGAAUGCCGAAUCCGAGAUUCCUGACUUCGAUUUCGACGCUGUGAGUGCUGCAUCGCGCGCUGAAUGGAACAAGCUGUUGGGCACGGUAAAUGUUGAACUUGCGAGUAACCACGAACUGCAAGCCGAGCAAGAAGACAUGAGAGUCCUAUUGUACAGCUCGCUAUACAGAUCACAUAUCAGUCCAGCGGAUUACUCCGGCGAAAACCCACUUUGGAACUCAACAGACCCGUACUAUGACUCUUUUUACUGCAAUUGGGACACCUAUCGCACGCUAUAUCCACUUUAUUCUCUGCACGACCCGGUGCGAUUUGCGCAGAUCGUAAGAGGUUUGAUAAAUAUUCAGCAACAUGAAGGCUGGCUUCCCGAAUGCCGUGGUGCAACCGCGAAACAUUUCAUACAGGGUGGAAGCGAUGCGGACCCCAUCCUCGGAGAAUUCCUCGUCAAGUUUGCAGGCUAUGCAUCGAGCCUUAAUGUAUCCUCCGAUGGGCUGUAUAAUGCGUUGCUGGCUGAUGCGGAGAAACUUCCUCCGAAUUGGGAUUUGCAAGGCAGGCAGGUGGAUGCUUGGAUCAAAUUCAACUACAUUCCCCAGGACCUGUUCGAGCGAGGGGGAACUAAUUCAAAGCAAGUAUCAAGAACUCUGGAGCACGCAUUUGGAGACUUCGCCAUCUCCCAAGUCGCGAAGGUCUUGAAUAGGACAAACGAUGGAGUGAAGUACGCCGCACGUGCGGGAAACUUUGUUAAUGUGUGGAACCCAAACGUUACCAUGCCUGGUGGACCUGCGAGUGUUCUCGGGAUGAUGCAGCCCCGUUUUGUGAACGGCACAUUCAACUACACUGACCCCAGACAUUGUAGCGGUGUAAAUGAUCCAGAGCAUGCGACUUGUUUCUUAAAUGCCGCUAACAAGGACGGAUUUUACGAAGGUUCUCCUAUUCUGUACUCUCAGUACGUCCCACAAGAUACGGCCAAGCUCGUCGAGCUACAAGGAGGAAACACACGUUUCAUCGAGCGAUUGGAUUUCAUAAUCGACAAUGGCUAUUUCGACGUAACGGACGAGCCAGGGCAGCAAAUUCCAUUCAUGUACCAUUACGCGAAUCGACCCGGACUUAGUACUCAGAGAUCUCGACAGACAAUUGCUCAAUUCUUUAACACGUCUAUCAACGGUCUGCCUGGCAAUGAUGGCUCCAUUAUCUUAUUUCCGUGGUCAAAGUCGACAGAGAUGUUCGCAGGUGCCAUGGCUAGCUAUGCGUUCUUCUACCUCGCUGGCUUAUAUCCUCUGCCGGCGACACGUCAAUUACUCCUCUCAUCUCCGUUCUUUCCUUCCAUCUCUUUCACCAAUCCACUGUUCAACACUACAACCACUAUCCAAGCGAAAAACUUCCGUGGAAACCCCACCAACGGCACGGGUGGUACUGUGUUCGUUCAAGUCUGUCGUUAGUUUCCUAGUUCGGGCGUACAAGUGCUGAUAAAGAGCCACGACAAACAGAGCGUAACUAUUGAUGGAGCUUUGUGGAAAUCAAAUUGCUUCUUGGAGUGGGACGCUUUUGUGAAGGGCUCUACGAUCGAAUUGGAGUUGACAGAUGAUAUAGAGGUGUCCUGCGGAGCGAAGCCAGAUACCUUGCCCCCAUCACUGUCGACGGGAGGAUAUGCUUGAGAAGAUGUCCAAUGCUAAUUCUGGAGGGUAACGAGUUCUGAAGAAUUUCCGUACAGAUAUCCAGAGGCAAUGUAACAGAGCUUGUAAACCUCGAAUAUACAGAUUAAGUAC